CGGCCUCACAGUAAUCUUUGUGUCAUAAGCACGUCGGGCGCGGACAACGAAACAACAGAAAUUUUGUAUUGUGUUAACUUGGUUGGUUAAAAACGCCCGCGCGUGUUAUACCAAUAGUAGAUUGACGGCUUAAAAUAGUAUAAAUAUGACAUAGUGAUAGAACUAAUAAGUUUUGUUGCAUAGUGAUAUAAUUUCAUAUUUGGACUGUUCACGGACCCAAAGAAACCAAAAUAAACAACUAAAUAGGAUAUUUAAAAAAAAAAAACCGAUGAUGUUUUGAGUGCAAUUACGUCAAACAAAAGAUAUCCUUGUUUUCUCUUUUGAUUAAAUAAGUACAUACGUGCAAAAAAAAACAACUCCCGCUUACUUCUGAGAACGAGUUACAAAAUGCAGAACACCCAAACGUCCUGCGCGUGGUAUCUGCCAUGGUCUCUGGCCGCGCAGCAGCAUCAGCAGAAAAUAAUGCAAAUACAGUCGCCUUUUUUGGAUAAAAUGGGAGCUUCGACGGUGGGAGGUAUUUUCGCAACUCAGCCUCAAGUCCAACAACAGCUCUCACCAAAUACAGCAGCAGCUCCUCCGUCGAACUAUCAGCAGCCGACUUUGCAUCCUAGCGCAGCCGCCGGAACCCACUUCCCAAUGAGUUCCGCAUAUAAUUUUGGGCCAACAUUACUAAGUGCAACUCAGGUGGCGAGCUACCCAGGACAGCUAAAUCCGUGUCCCCAGUCACACCCCCACAGCCACACACAAACUCAUUUGAUGCCAUCUUCCAUGUUCUCGUCCUUGCCUGUGGGUGCAUACUACGCACCAGCACCAGGUGUCUCCGUGGCCCCACAAGAAUCACUUCUGGCAACAGCUGGACAAGGAUUGACCCAUCAGACAUCGUCUCUGUCCAUGCCAGUACAAGCAGCCCCGCGAGCAUCCUCGUCGGCAUGCGCGAUCGUUCAGUCCCUAAAUUGUCUGCCACCAGAUUUUCAUCACCUGUCGUCUAUUAACCUCAACAUGAGCAGCGUAAUUGGACUGAGGAACCAAGGAUCUGCUCUUUCAUCCAUCAAAGUUGUACCAAAUGUUGAAUUGUUGAUUAACAAAAAGAUUAUAUCAACCAGGGAGGCCGAAAACGAGAAAAUCAAAAUACCAGAAAAAAGGAAAACUGAUAAUAGCGAUACAAUUAAGGAUUUAAAAAAGGCCAAACUUGAAACGAAGGCUCUGAAGGCCAAAAGACCCGGAUUUACGGACGAGCGAUAUCAAGAAACGUCUUACUAUAUUGAAAAUGGUCUUAGAAAGGUCUACCCGUACUACUUCACCUUCACAACUUUUACAAAAGGACGUUGGGUGGGAGAAAAGAUUCUGGAUAUAUUUUCACGGGAGUUUCGCGCACACCCUUCUGAAGAGUACGAACGUUGUAUCCAAGCAGGCACAUUGACAGUUAACUUCGAGAAAGUCCCUAUUGACUAUCGAUUAAAACACAACGAUCUUCUCGCUAAUAUAGUUCACAGACACGAAGUUCCUGUGACAUGUCAACCAAUUAAAAUUGUGCAUAUGAAUGAGGACCUUGUAGUUGUAAAUAAGCCUGCAUCAAUACCUGUCCACCCUUGUGGCCGCUAUAGGCACAAUACUGUUGUUUUCAUACUCGCUAAAGAAUUUAACCUCAAGAAUCUGCGCACAAUUCAUCGGCUUGACCGGUUGACAUCUGGCCUAUUACUGUUCGGACGGAGCCCAAAGAAGGCAAGACAAAUGGAGCAGCAAAUUCGCAAUAGACAAGUAGAAAAAGAGUAUAUAUGUAGAGUGGAAGGAAUUUUUCCAGACGAAAUCGUGGAAUGUAAGGAGCCCAUUGAGGUAGUAAGUUACAAAAUUGGCGUGUGUAAAGUAUCGCAACGAGGGAAAGAUUGUACCACCACUUUCCAAAAGAUUUCACAAAACGGAAAAACUAGUGUUGUACUGUGCAAACCACUUACUGGAAGGAUGCAUCAGAUCCGUGUACAUUUGCAAUAUCUAGGCUAUCCAAUUCUUAACGAUCCUCUAUACAAUCAUGAAGUCUUCGGCCCUUUAAAAGGGCGUUUCGGGGAUAUCGGUGGAAAGUCAGACGAUGAGCUUAUAAGAGAUCUCAUUAACAUCCACAAUGCGGAGAACUGGUUGGGAAUAGAUUAUGAUUCCGAUAUAUCUAUAUUUAAAAGUUCUAAGGACGAAACAGAUGGGGAGAGCCUGAGCAGCGACCAAACUUUCGUUGUUCAGCAUAGCGACGAUGACGUGGGCCUAAAUUCACGCGAAACUACUCCGCCUUGCAUAGAACCUUCUCGAGCUGAAGUGGGCGCUAAAAAAUUAGAACCUCCCAACUUUCCAAAGGAAUUUUCAUGCACUGAUCCGAAGGAUCCUACCGAAAUUUCGUCAGUACUGCAGGCACCCGAUACUAUCCUCGCUGUCGAUGGUGGCAAUGUGGAUGUUGGGAUUAAGCUAAAUAAAAUCACAACAGAUCCGCAUUGUUAUGAAUGCAAAGUGCACUACCGUGAUCCAAAGUCUAAGGACCUUAUCAUGUAUCUGCAUGCCUGGAAAUACAAGGGUCCUGGAUGGGAGUACGAAACUGAAUUUCCUUAUUGGGCUCGCACAAAUUGGGAGAACUCAGAGUGUACUUAAGCAGCAAUAAUUAAUUUCAUAUCUGUUGAAAUAACCUUGUAGAGUUUUGACAAAAUGUUAGCAAAGCACAAAAGAAAGCAUCUUUAAUCACAUCUAGUACAUGGCAUCUGAUAAGGAUGGCCACAUGUGUCCGUCUGUCAGCUUCUAGCUUCUGUCAGUUAAAGCUAUCUAACUGAAACUUUUCACAGACAUCCCCAUACGGUUAGUACCGCCGUCAAGAACCGUCUAGAUACAAUAGACAAAUCGAAAAAUAUGUUUUUGUGAGAGGAAAUUUUCUCUGUUUAUGAAUAUAAUGUAUCAUUUAUUUUUAUAGCCAAGUCAAAUUGCCUAAAUAUCGGAUGAAUGUAUUAGCUGAUAUUGCAAAGAUAUAUCUGCAAAGGUAUCAAAUGCUUCGGUCCCCGAAGUUAGCCUUCCUUUGAUUUUUUAAGUUUAUAUACAUAUGUAUGUACGUACAUUGUACAUAAUAAUUUACUGUAAUCUUAGAGACACAUAAAUAUACAUAUGCAAAUGUAUUUGAACUAGUAUGAAUUUAGUAUAUAUAUACAUACGUACAUAUGUAUACCAUGCAACUCUAAGUCAGGGGUCGGCAAGCAUUUUUUCACAUGCUUUUAGAGCGUUUGUGUGCGUAGACAGCCUGCAAAGCGGAACAAUCUAUUGGUGCACACCAGUGUUAUGCACCUGUACGUUAGAGCCAGCGCACCUUCCUAUGCACAUAAGAUAGGGGCUUGUCGACCGCUGCUCUUAAUAAACAUGAGUGGGUCCAACUGGGUCCAAUAAGCCAAUAGAACAAAGUUAACUGAAAUUCUAAAUAUUAGAAAAUUCAAAAUGUGCCUUUAUGAUUGAAUGUACAUAUGUGUUGAUACAUUUUACAAUUGUAUUGUAUUUAUAUAUACAUAUACAUGUAUAAAGACAUUUGUUUUUAGUCAAUGUGGGUAUAAAAAGCUCAUUGAUAUAAUCUGCCAGUUUACUUUUGCGUAGGCAUUACAAAUGAUACUUAUCUUAUUUUAAAACCCCAGAAGUUUCAAAUAAACCGAAAAGUGGAUGAGCUGAAAAGACAUGUAACACAAUAUCAAGCUUUUAUUGCAGACGAUAUGCAGUCACAUACUAUAUACAUACAUAUAUGUAGUUUAUAAGGUAUGGCCAGUUUUUUAAUUUCACUGACUACUAAUUUUGCCUCAAUGUAAUCAUAGCAGAACAAUCAUUAUCUUUAGUUUCAUUUUAAAGGCAGCUCUGACCAUUAAUAAAUAUAUGUACAUAUAAUCAUAUAUUUUGGAUCACAACGCCACGCCAAGUCGAUAUAGCUCUAAUAUGUACAUAUUUCUUUGUUUUUCUGUUUGCCCGUCUAUUUCUGGGAAGUAAAAGCAAAAACGUAAGAAAUUGUAGUUUCAUAUAGAUUCAGUAGUUUUCGCCCCCAAAGAUAUCCUUUCUCGCUUAUUACAAAUUCAACGAUACUAGAUGAAAGCCAAUAGAAUACUAAUAAAAGGUGAAUAGUCAAUUUUAAAUUAGCUACAUCCUACAUUUAUAAGCAUUAAGCAAUAUACAUAGUAAAAUAAUGAAAGAUAUUAAUAAAAUUUCGCAAUCGUUUCUU